AUGGUUUUGAAUUUCCGAGCAGCAGUGUUCAUCCGGACAGACGAGGCAGAGUGGAUACAUACCUCUAUAACUACGGACGUCUAAGUGAGCGAGUGUAGAAAGAAGGAACUAAACAUUUUUUUUUCCUUUUUUCCCCUCUCUUGACUUGGAAACCAUCAAAAAAGUAAUCAUCUAGAAAUAGUUUCUCCAACCGUCGCCAUGCUCCCCGCGCAGGAAGCAGCUAAGAUCUACCACACCAACUACGUGCGUAACGCGCGCGCCGUGGGUGUCCUGUGGACCAUCUUUACCAUCUGCUUCGCCAUCUUGGUGAUGGUGGUGUUCAUACAGCCCUACUGGAUCGGUGACAGCGUCAACACCCCGCAGGCGGGCUACUUUGGCCUGUUCCACUACUGUAUCGGGAACGCGCUCACCGGCGAACUCAUCUGCAAAGGGAGCGCACUGGACUUCGGCUCCAUCCCGUCCGGGGCCUUCAAGACAGCCAUGUUCUUCGUUGGUAUCUCCAUGCUGCUGGUGGUGGGCAGCAUUGUUUGCUUCAGCCUCUUCUUCUUCUGUAAUGCCGGCAGCGUCUACAAGAUAUGCGCAUGGAUGCAGCUGGCCUCCUCCACUUGCAUGGUGAUAGGCUGUAUGAUCUACCCUGACGGCUGGGACAGUGAGGAGGUGAAGAGGAUGUGUGGACAGAGAACAGAUAAGUACACCCUGGGUAACUGCACGGUGCGCUGGGCCUACAUCCUGGCUAUCAUCAGCAUCAUGGACUCCCUCAUCCUCUCCUUCCUAGCCUUCUCCCUGGGAAACAGACAGGACCAACUACUGCCUGACAACUUUCAGGUGGACGGGAAAGAAAAAGACAAAGAGGAAGCCUGAGCUCAUUAUCAACCACAGAAGACAGACGUACUUCAUACAACACGACAGAAGGACCUGUGAGGUGGUGGUGUUGUGGAAAUAAAGCCCAGCUAGUUAAAAGGCAAUAUCAACUCCACUUUAGUGCAUCACUUUACAAUAAUACAUGAACGCUGAUAAUAAGUGAUAAUAAAUGUUCCAUAUGAAUA